CCUGGUAACCCUUGUCUGUGCGGAGUUCGCUUGCAGUCUUCUCAGAGUCGUCUUCUCUUUUUCUACAAACUUUGCAUCGCGCAGGAAUACAAAAGCGACACUGCAGCGCUCCGUAUCUGACCACAUCACGAGGAACGACCGACUUUUGCACGAUUACUUGCAGUCUUUCGGAGUAUAACCUUCUUCCCAGUUUUUUUUUCGCCCUGAAGAAAGUGAAGUGCUCGUUACGCGUCUUCUCUAACCACGGACAAGUUUUUACGUUUUUUCCUGUGUUCGUGCGUAAAAGGAAGCGCCUUGGCUGUGUUUUCGGAAAUCUUGGUUUCUUUCGGAUUGCAAACAGUCGUCGUUUUGGAGUCGAAAUGGCUGCUUUUCGGCUGCUCCAUGUGUAAGCCUUCUUCGAGCUACUGUGGCCGCUGCGACUGGAUACGACGAAGGCUCCGUGCGUAAUCAUCCACCCGGGGGUCAAUGGAGCGACAGUCCAGUUUCAUUUCGCUGUGGCUUCAACUGGAACUUUGUGCCAUGGCUAUCCUCCUCACUAAAGGUGAAAUCCGGUGUUACUGCGAUGCACCUCACUGCGUAGCCACUGGAUACAUGUGCAAGUCCGAACUCAACGCCUGCUUCACUAAAGUCCUGGAUCCAUACACCGCCAACUCACCCCUCACACACGGCUGCCUCGACCCGGUGGCUAACGCUGCCGAUGUGUGCAGUAGUACUAGCAGCAGUAGUAAUAGCAGAAGUAAGGACCCUCUGAACGGAGCUGUGGCGACGUCACUGGAGUGUUGCCAUGAUGAUAUGUGCAACUACAGAGGCCUCCAUGACCUGGCGCAUUCGAGGGACUCAGCAGACCACAGCCGCUACCCGCAGGACAGCAGCCGCAGCCUGGUCACACGAGUCCAGGAGCUCGCUUCUGCCAAGGAGGUGUGGUUCCGGGCAGCUGUCAUCGCUGUGCCCAUCGCUGGGGGUCUCAUCCUCGUCCUCCUCAUCAUGCUAGCCCUGAGAAUGCUUCGCAGUGAAAACAAACGCCUCCAGGACCAACGCCAACAGAUGUUAUCCAGAUUGCACUACAGCUUCCACGGACAUCACACCAAAAAGGGACACAUCGCCAAGCUCGAUCUGGAAUGCAUGGUUCCGGUAACUGGCCAUGAAAACUGUUGCCUCACGUGUGAUAAAAUGCGGCAAGCCGAUCUAGGGAAUGACAAAAUUUUAUCACUAGUGCAUUGGGGGAUGUACAGUGGACACGGAAAGCUGGAAUUUGUAUGAUCCUAGCUUCGUUUUGGAGCAUUCCGACUUAUAGACAUUCCCAGUUUUGGAUUUACGGGAAGUUUUUGCGGACCAAGCAGGACUGAAUUUCGUGGAGCACUUUACUUGAAUAUUAGCGGCGAAACGCGACACACCUGGAGCGUUAAACUUGAGGCGGGAUCCAGGACUCAGAAAGCAAGGAUUACGUCGUCUUAUUUGCACAUUUGUAUAAAAAAAGUUGUUUGAUUUUUUUUUUUUCCCCCAACACUGACCAGGGUACAAACAGACUGUUAGGAGGAGGAGUACAGCUCCAUUGCUGUGACUGAAGAGCUCACUCCUCGGGUAUUGUAAAAGUGGAUCUAUCUAUUUUUGUCUGAUGAAGCGUGCUGUUCAGACUUUAAGCUUGAGUGUGAGAGAAAAACCAUUAAAGGUGACUUUUUAUUUAA